AUGGUGCUGGAAUUGAUGAGUGUCGAGGCCUCAUCUUACAAUAUCAUAGCCGUUUUUGUUGUCCUGUAUGUCUUUUAUCAGCGGGUGGUAUACCCUCAAUUUAUGAGCCCAUUUCGCUGUCUGCCACAGCCCAAGACUGGAAUAUUACCUUUUGCGGGUGUUUUCCGCUUGUUCCGGGAGCCUACGACAAAUAGUUAUCUUCAAUAUGCCAAAGAAACAGCAAAUGAUGGCAUCAUUCGGGUGAGAGGACUUUUGGGGUCGGAAGAGCUGCUUCUGACUAAUGGAAAUGCCGCAGCGGAGGUUCUCGUGAAGAGCCCUUUCGACUACGAAAGGGGUGGGCUCCUCCGGCACAUUCUUGGAGGAUCCGAUGGACUCUUGUUCUUUGGCGACGAAAGCCAUAAGCAGGAGCGAAGGCUUGGUUUACAGCACCUUGGAGUUAGAAGAGUCAAAAGUCUUUACUCGAUGUUUUGGCAGAAAUCCGUCAAGGUAGCCAAGCUCAUCGCACUACAAGACAUCCCGUCAAGUGCGAUGGAGUCCGAGGCAUUGAUAAGCGAUGCAGAUCUGGAUUAUUGGUUCUCUCGAUUUGCGCUUGACAAUGUUAUGAUAUCGGUUCUUGGGGCAGACUUCAACAUACUCGAGGAUCCAAAAAAUGAGAUGGCGAGUUUGUUUGAGAAAUUUACUGCCCCAGGAGCUCGAAUGCGAAUAUUCUUUGCGUUGAUGGCCACAUUUCCCCGGUGGAUGGUUGCAAGCUUGCCUUUCAAAGUCAUACAAACUCCUUUAAAGGCUGUCCAGAGACUUGGACAAAUGUGCAGAAAGUUUGUGGACGAGAAGCAAGAUGAGAUUCAGGAUAUGGAUGAGAAGAGUAAACCAGGAGAUUUGCUUGGUAGUCUCGCCCAAUGGGGAAAAUUUUCCUCUGCCGAGCUUGCAGUUCAAGUGUUCAUGUAUCUUUUGGUCGGACAUGCCACGGUGUCGGCUACUGCCACAUGGACGAUAUAUCUUCUGGCCAAACAUCCAGAAAUCCAGCAAAGAUUACGCAGUGAAGUAGGCUCCCAUAUUGGCCCAAAUGACCCCAAAGAUUUAGCAGAGAAAGAUCUCGCGGAGCUGAUGGAGAGUGUGCCGUUUCUGGAUGCUAUUUGCAACGAAGCCCUUCGCCUAUACCCGGCUGUUCACAUGAUCAGACGGAUCUCAUCUAAAUGCAAUAAGAUAAUGGGAACUGAAGUUCCAAAGGGGACCCCAGUCAUAAUGGCUCCGUGGGUGAUUAAUCGCUCUCCCCAUUUAUGGGGAGCAGAUUCUGAAGAGUUCCAGCCACAACGGUGGAUCAACGAGAAGACAGGAACCUUCAAUCAACGCGGUGGUGCCGUUCAGGAUUAUUGUAUGCUUUCUUUCUCUCAGGGUAUUAAAGGCUGUGUUGGGCAAGAAUAUGCUCGCAUGGAGUUGAAAGCCUUGGUUGCGGCUUUUGUCUAUUCUUUCGACGUUGAACUGGUAAAACCAGUUGACUCUAUCUUUCCAACGGAGAUUCCUCCUUCACGACCCCUACGUGGAAUGAAAUUCAGAUUGGUUAAGAUAAGUUGA